AUCCGCACCGAGUGGUCGGACCGCACCGUGCUCUACCUGCACCGCAGCUUCGCCGACCUGGGCCGCCUGUGGAAGCGCCUGCGGGACGCGUUCCCCGAGGACCGGCCGGAGCUGGCACGCGCGCCGCUGCGCCAAGGACUGGUAGCCAUAAAGGACGCCCAUGACAUAGAGACCAGGCUCAACGAGGUGGAGAAGUUGCUGAAGACCAUCAUAAGCAUGCCAUGUAAGUAUUCUAGGUCAGAAGUCGUGCUCACCUUCUUUGAAAGAUCUCCUCUGGAUCAGGUGCUAAAAAAUGACAGUGUGCAUAAAAUUCAACCCAGCUUUCAAAGUCCAGUGAAAAUUUCAGAGAUCAUGCGGUCCAACGGGUUUUGUUUAGCAAAUACGGAAACUAUCGUUAUCGACCACAGUGUACCCAACGGGAAAGAGCAGCACCUGGGUGUGGAUCCCGCAGAGCAUUUGUUUGAGAAUGGCAGUGAGUUCACCUCCGAGCCGGAGGACGGCGAUGACCCAGCAGCUUAUGACACCAACCUGUCCUAUUACCACCUGGUCCCCUUUGAGACGGACAUUUUGGACUGAGUCAUCAUGGGCCCUCCUCAGCCCUCAGCUGCUGUUCAGUGGGCCCUGUCCCACCAGGCCCCCAUGCCUGCACUGACUGAGCACGGCUCUGCUGCCAGGCCCGCACCGAGACCUGGUGUUCUGUGGUGAGUGGAGUAGUGGGGUUUCUGGGGUUAGCACCGACCCCACGAUCUCCAACAGCCAGGAGUCAGGCCCGGAGUCCCCGACGCCUGCUGCUGAGGAAGGCCCUCUCCCACUGCACACCCCCGGCCUGUUUCUGCAUUCCUAGGACUCGCUCGCUCCCCGUGUGGAGGAGCCACAAGUGCCUGCAAGACAUCACGAUGCCAGGGGGCCACCCAGGGCCUUGCUGGGUUCCUCCUUGCCUGUGACUGCUUCCUGGAAGGAGCCUCCUCCUGGUGCAGGGGCCCAGGGCCAGGCGCCCCUCCCUCCUGCCAUCCCCAGCACAAGCACACAGAACAACCCACGUGAGAUCCUGUUGAGUCCCAAGUUCUGGGCGACACAGGCAGGGCAUAUUAAGUAACCAGCCUUUUCCUGCGAAGCUGGGUGUGUGGCUUCCAUUUGUUUUUCACCUUUUGUCUGGAAACUGAGGGCUGGCUUUGUGUCAGCCACAGUGGGUGUUUACCGAAGGGGAACUGUGGAUGGGGACAGGAACGGGGGACCAUUGAUCAUGGGGUGCUUAUGAGUUGGGGCUGAGUUAGUGAUGCUGCUCAACAGGAAGAGAACCUUGCCUUGCCUGCCAGCAUCUCUUCAGGGUCACAGUGCUGUGGCCACCUGGGCCCCGAGGUUUGUCUCCUGGUUACUAGCUCUCCACGAUGGAACUGCCAUAGUAACGUGAGGGGAGAGAGUGAGAGGAAAGCCACGCACUCGGCUUGCCCGUUUUCCUCUGCCCUCAGGGAGGGUCUGGGGUCUGCGUGCUUAUCUUCUUUAUUUCUUCAGUGUCUACUAAGGACCAACAUCUGCUAAUGUAAAUAAUAAAUUAUUGAAAAUCCUAA